CCUUGCUGAUGGCCGCCCUCAGUGAACCGUGCGUGCGAUGUUCGCGGCCGUGGCCUUGACAGGGCCUGGCGGGCGGGUUCGUCCCGUAGACACGUUUCGGCGGUUUCUUCUGUGAUCUCCGCGGUUUAAAACUUUUUUACAUUUUUAUUGCGUGGGUGGUGACGACCGGCACGUCAUGGAUAACCUCGGGGGAUUCGGAAGAUCUUUGAAUCGGAAGAGUAAUUCUCUGGAGCAGGAGAAAGAAGAAUUCGAGAAGCAACAGGCUCAGUCAAUCCAGAAGGCAAUCAACAGCCAGGAGACCCCAGUGAAGGCGAAGCAUGCACGGACCCAAAAAGUUGAUCAUGAAGAAGGAUGGUCUGUGGACCAAAUCAUGGCUGGUCGAAACCUGGAGAACAAUGGAACAAUAGAGGAUGUUGUCAUUGUUUAUUGUUCCAAGAUAGACAAGAGCAGGGAGCAAAGACCAGAGAGGUACAUUUCCAGAAACAGAUUUGGAAGUGAACUUGUUAGUCCACUCGGGCGGUUUCUCGAAGUAGAUGAAGUCCUGGCAGAGAAGAAGGAAGAGAAAACCCGUCGUUUCAAUAAAGCAACAGCAACCCAAAAGGAGAGAGGAAGUGGAAGAGACGAAAGCAUGAUCACAAUGAGGAAGGUGGCAGCGAAGAUGAGUGCCUUCACGGUCACGUCCAGUUGCGGGGAGAAAGCGACGCUGAAGUUAUCCGCGACGGUGAAGAGCUCCUUGAGGAGACCUGACCAUUACCUCAUCAUUGGCACCUUUCAAGAAAAAGGAGCAUCACGUUUCUGGCUGCUGGCUCAGAAGCAGCCGAUUAUUGGGAACCCUGUUGUGGCAUGGAAGUUUUGCCACGUACUCCACAAGUUGCUCAGGGAUGGCCAUCACAAUGUCGUUCCCCAGUCCAUCCGUUACUGUUCCCUGCUGGUGGAACUGGGUCGCAUGUGGGGGCACCUACGAGAGGGAUACGGGAACCUCAUCUUGAGAUAUUCGAAUCUUCUCAUCACGAAGUUGAAGUUCCACGAGAACUAUCCUGGCUUCCCCGGGAACGUCCACGUCACGGACGAUCAGCUGGAAGUUAUUGGAGGCAAUGACAUCAACAACUACUUUCAGCUGGCUGUGGAGAUGUUUGACUAUAUGGAUGACAUCCUGGCCUUGCAGUUAUCUGUGUUUGGGUCUCUGGACAUGAGUCGGAGCAACUCUAUGACAAGUGCUGGCCAGUGCCGCCUGGCACCCCUAAUACCAUGCAUUUUGGAUUCAUCUCACCUCUAUGAUUACACUGUGAAAAUUCUGUUCAAGCUCCAUGCUAGCCUUCCCUCUGAUGUUCUUGUUGGCCACCGAGAGAGGUUCUAUAAGGCCUUUCCUGUUCUACGAAAGUUCUAUUUGGAUGCAAGUAUCCUCCAAUAUUUCAAAAACCUCAUCCAAGUUCCUCUGCUACCUCCGAGCCCGCCCAAUUUCAUGAUAGCUGCUGAUCUGAAAAACUACGUAACACCCGUGGCGCGCCUCGAGGAGGAUGUACCCGACGAGCCCGAGCUGGAAGUGGGGAACCUGAUUGAUACGUCUGCAAGCUUUGUGGAAACCCCUCCUGCACCUCCACCUGUACCUGCUCUGAAUGGUGUUCUUGCUGAGAAGGACCGUCUUCUUUCUUCGCUACAUCGAGAGAUUGAAGAGCUGAGGGAGGAGCUUCUACGUGUACGAAAUGAGUAUCAGAGAGUCAUUGCAAACCUAUCUAGAGAGAAUCAGGACCUGAAAGUGAAGCUUGGGGGAGAGGAGGGAAUGAGGAGAGAUUUAGCCCGAGAAGUAAAAGAGUACCAGGAGAGGCUGGCAGCCCUGCAGCAAGAGAAGGAGCGGGAAGCUCUUUCUGAGUCGAGUCGAGUGAAGGUGGCCGAGGAGAGGUAUGUCAAGAUGAAGGAUGUUUACGGAAAGCUGCGAGAGGAGCAUAUUGCGUUGUUGAGGGGAAAGGCAGAUCUGGAGCGCAAGAUUGUCGAGAAGGAGGAGAUCUCUAAUCAGACUAAUUCUCUUCAGGCAUUGGUGGAGUGCCUUGAACGUGAAAAGGGUAUUUUAGAGCGCCAGAAGAGGGAAGAUGAUGAAACUUUCCACAAAACUAGGGCAAAGGAACUACUUCAACUGUUUGGUCUGUGCGAGACCAUGGUGAAUGGUGCUUUGAAAGACAAGGAGAUGACUCUGGUUCCCUCAUGGCAUCCAGAAUCCCUACCACAUCUUGUGGAACCUGCUCGACUGAGUCUGGAGUCGAGCCUUCAGUCAUUAGUAGUGUUCAAGGAUGAGAAGAAGAGCUACCCAUUUGUCAAGGACAUCCUGCUCACCUGUCACUUACUGGCAUAUGUCAUCGUGACGUCGUUUUCGGCUGCACAUCAGUCCCCAAACAUAGAAAAAGGGGAUCAUUUGAGUCAAUUGAGCCAAGGAAUAGGCGAUGAGAUGCUCCACCUCAUAACGAGCCUGAAGAACUCGGCCAACAAAGAGGAGCUGAGACAACGUAUGGAACAGGUGAGGAGGAUGCUCCUGAUGAUCGGUCAGGUUGCAGAAGAGCUCCUGAUGGAGGUUCGAACGAGUCAGUCUGAUGUGGUGGGAGAUCAGCUGCAAGACGAGCUGGCUUCCAUGGAUCGGCUCAUCGAGGAAGCUGCACUGAGGAUACAGGAGAUGCUGAGGGAGAGAGAGGGCAGGGACUCAGGGAUAAAACUGGAGGUGAACAGCAAGAUCCUGGAAAGCUGCACCGGACUCAUGCAGGCCAUCCGGCUUUUAGUCAAGAAGGCGAGAGUCCUCCAAGAAGAGAUUGUGGCACAGGGAAAGGGUGGAGCCUCAGCCAAAGAAUUCUACAAGCGCAAUCACAGAUGGACCGAAGGUCUCCUCUCGGCUGCAAAGGCCGUUGGGUUGGGUGCAAAAUUUCUUCUGGAUGCAGCAGAUCGAGUAGUUGAAGGGAAUGGGAAGUUUGAAGAGGUGAUGGCAGCAUCUCAAGAGAUAGCUGCAUCCACUGCGCAGCUUGUGGUUGCUUCCCGUGUCAAGGCACAGCGUGGUUCUUCUAAUCUUCAGCAACUGUCCUCGGCUUCAAAAGACGUGUCUCGGGCCACUGGGCACGUUGUGGCCACGGCCAAGGGCUGUCUGCAGAUGAUUGAAGAGUCGGAGGAGUUUGACAUGGGUAAGCUGUCGCUGCAUCAGACAAAAAGGCUGGAGAUGGAGUGUCAGGUCAAGGUCCUGGAGUUGGAGACAUCCCUUUCCAGGGAACGGGUACGUUUGGCAUCCUUGCGGAAGCACCAUUAUGCCCUGGCUGGAGAAGUGGAAGCAAGUGAUGUGGAGAGAGACAUGGAGGUGGAAGAGGAAGUGGAACCAUGCACCUAUAGAACCCUUGACCCCAUUGGGAACUUGCUGAUCAGGGUGAGACUAUGGAAGGUCGGUCUCUCUGGGUUUCCACUGGAGGGACGAGGAGAAAAGGGUCUCUUGAAGGCCAAAGUGAAGGCCAAGGCUCGACUCAAGCACAGGGCAUCGGGGGCCGCCAUGUCGGAUUCCCAACCCGAGGAUGCCCGACUUUUUCGCUGGCAGGAAAAAGUCAUGAGUAAAGGAAAGAAGAUCCCUAGGGAAAACAUAGUUGAGUGUCAGAGAAUCAGUAAGGGCAGCAGGAAGAAGCAAAAGAUAGAACGAAUGUGCAUUCUGGCCGAUCUGGCAUCGUUUGAUCUCCCACCAUGUGAACAUGAAGAUUAUGAAAUCGUCCUGGUGGAGCUGCGCUAUUAUCCAGAGGAGCGACUGCUGUGGAUGAAGCCGGAUUUCUCCCGCGGCGGAGGCGUGUACGCCGUCCCGCAGGGGACCUCGCUCUUCCUUCCGUCCAAGUUCCUCUAUCGAGUCGAAUGCGCCUCUCCGCCGUACCCCGAUGCCCUGGCCCUGAGGCAGGCUAAGGCUUUUGCUCAUCUGUUUGCCGGGAGGGAGGCGGCUCUGAGACAGUUCAUCGGGGAGGAAUUCGAGAGUCCGUCGCCGAAGCACCUUCGGCUGCACGUGGACGGGGAGAUCCUGGCGUUCGUGCCGUCGUUGGGGGGGUCCAAUCUCUCCGUGCACGCGAUGCUGGUCCUGCCGACCGCUUGGAGGAGCGAGGGAGGGGGGAAGAAGGCGGUGACGACGGCGGCGUGUCGGGUGAACGGCGGGGGGGCCGCGCACUACGCGCACCCGUUCGAGUGGGAUCUCUUCUGUCCGUGCGAGGCGGAUGCAGUCGAGUUCGUUCUGCGAGACGAUGACCCAGAAACCGUUGCACUCCGGCACCGCACUCCUCGAGUUUCCGCACGAUCGCUUUCACCCUCCUUGCAACUCUCGACCCGCCGGAGCAGCCGAAAAUGUUGCCGUAUCCGCACAGACGAAGGAGAGCCGGGGAGUCUUCAACCCAGCCUGUGCUUCGAGGUGACGUCCUGGGACGCCUGGGGCCGGGGGAUGCCGAUCGGCUACGGCGCCUUGCCCCUCCCCUCCGCCCCCGGCUUCCACCUCCUCCGCCUGCAGACGUGGAAGCCGGUCCCGAUCGGGCGGAAGGCGCUGAUGAGGGAAUACUUCCUGGGGGCGGAGCCCAGGGUCGCGGCGCUGGAAUACGCGGCGCCGCGCGCCGUCGAAGGGAAGUCUCCGUACGUGGAAGCGCUCCCGCGACAGAAAGCGACAGAGAACGGGCGGCUCACCUUCCCUUCGACGGCGCGCGGCGCCGCGUAUUCCAGCGCCGCGACCCUGGGCUCCGCCCCCAGGAAGUAUUCCCUCAUCAGCGCCUUCCGCCCGAUCGGGACCGGCUUCCACGUCUGCAGGCGGAGGAGGUGGAAGCCGGGGGCGGAGGGGAGGGGCGUUUGCUAUAAUAAGGCGAUAGGACAGAGGGUGGAAAGCAUGCAGAGCCGCUACGGAUUCCAGACGAUCGGGUCCGGACGACUCGAUCUGCGACUGAGCGUCUCGCACCAGCUGUGCAUCGGGGACGGGUCGUCCGUGCCCAGGGCCCACGAGUCCCAGUCCUUCUCGGUCAGCCUGGGGACCGUGCUGGAGGCGUUCCACCGGGCGAGGCAGAGGCUCAGUCGCAUCAGGGAGGAGGUCAAGGUCCAGUGACCGAUCCUUUCGUCGACGAAUCUCUUUUUUUUUGUUUGUUUGCAUAUCACUGCAUCUAGUCGUGUCAGUCGCACAAAUGAUCUCUGCACCGAAAAGAAUAAAGUCUUCAUCACUG